AUGACUAAGUUAUGCUUUGAAAGUAAGUAAACCAAUUUUAAAUUGUUUUAAGGAAACUAGAAUCAACAACUGAGACACUAAAACUACUUUCAUCAUCUUGGAAUGGAAAUUCCGAAAAAUCUAUUUGAAAAAUUUUAAAGCAAUACUUUUUCGAAGUUCUUGAUAUAUUAGUAAUUCAGUUUUUUAUUUGAGCUUCGUACGUCAUAACUAGUUCUAAUACUUUAUACACCUUGCUACAAACAAACGUUUACGCCCAAGAGUUUUAAGCUUAUUUUAGAAAGAAAAUAUCAACAAAAACCUUAGACAGAAUAAUAAAUAUUGAACUAUCAUUGUUUGUUGUUGCGUUAUUCUUUAUCUCCAAGAUUUGUUUUGGGAGAUGUCUCUUGCUUUUGAAUUGAUUAGGUGGUGUCUUGUUUCGUCGAGUUCGACAUAGUAUAUGAAAGAAAGAAAAGAAUUUUUAAGUCUGAGGUUAACGAUAACAGCUUGUUGCGAGAGAGAAAGAACAGUAUUUAACUGUUGAAUAUAUAUUAAACGCGCUUCAAACAGCGCAUGCGCGUAAUUUACGCACUAAUUGCAAUGCAGAAUCCGAAAAGAAACUUUGAUUUCCGAAAUCUUCGAAAUCGGGAAACAUCGCGUAUAUAAAUAAUAUAAUACACCUCAUAGUUCGGCUGUUACAGAUUACGGUGGUUUUUAUCCUGGAGUAGGAGGCGAUUACAAUAAAAGUAAUCCUCUUCGUGCAAUGAUCUCACGUCGACGUUAUCGUGUACUUGUACAUUAUUUACGACGGAUCUCAACGAUUUCAGCCAGCGCGAAAUACCAAUGUUCACCAAAAGAGUAUUUUUUUGUGUUUUUCAGAAAGAUGUGAAAAGAAAUGGUAUUACUACAUGUUUUUAAAGGAAAUACUUUUUCACCUAAGGGGGUUCUAAAACAAAUUACUCAUGCGUUGUUGAUUUAUAUAAGCAGGUGUGUGCAUUUGUCAAAAAAACACAAACAGAAUACAUUUUUCUCACUGAAUUCAUCUGAAAUUUUAAUAUUUUUUUUUAAAAUCCUAUAGGCAAAAUAAUUAGGGAUUCCUCCAGCCACCAACUUAACAGCAAUUCGCGCCUUACUCAUAGCCUUGUUAUAAUAUUUUGCUGCUAUUUGAAAAUUGGGAUUGAAGCUGUGUUCGUAAUGAAUAGGCCGGGUUACCAUAUAUGGUAAGUAGAUGGAAAAGGGGAGUACCAUUACGUGUGGUACUAUUCUGUACUUACAAUUGAUACAAAUUUGACAUAGCUAACAUUGAAAUGUCAUGUCUUUUUACUUCAACCCAUAGAGGUUAGCAAUAUGUCCAUUAGCAGUUACCACUAAUUGAAAUUUUAUUGCACUAAUUUACUUGUGACCAUUGUAUAACACUCGAUGAGUGUAUUUAGGUCUACACACACGUAUAAAUAUGCCGUCAAUAAAUCACCAACAGUUGUCUUGAGGUUCAUUCUUAUCAUAAACUGCCCAUGCAUAUAAUUCUAAUUGUUGUGGCGCAAGCUAAGGUUAAUUGAAACUUUCAAGCAGAUGGUGAUAUCCUUCAUAAGUACCUUUCAUAAUAAUGUUGGGAAUCAAUUAUAGUUUAGGAACUGAACGAGCAAAACAGGGGAAAAGUCAGAUUAUCACAAAGAAUAAGAAAAGAGUUUUAAAACACAAACAAAACAAUUUGACUUUAUUAAAUGUUGAUCUGUUAUAGCACCUUAUUUCAUCAGAUAUUACCAAAAAAUUCAUUAAACCGGUAAAUAUCGUUCUUUUACAAUAUCAACUUAGUAAAAUAUUCAGCGCCGUUUAUAGAAUCAAACUCAAAAUUCUGACGAUUCCAGGAUGGAAAGUUUUAGUUUUUGCUCCUGUUGAUGUCAUAAAGUAACAUAAAUUCCUUCAUCAGUAAUUUGGUUUUGAUUAUAGACAUUGAGCAUCUCGUUCCGGGUCUCUCGAUAGGACGCCAUAAUUGUUUACAAUAUUUCGCGCGUUUUUACAUUAUACUGCCUAAUAUUAAUAUUGAGAAUCGGAAUGGUUAAGAACGGCAACAGUGAAUAUCUUGUCCGCAUUAACAACCCGUCGUCAUUGCUUGGAUGCCAUGGACUUUUUAAAAUUCCCUUUUUUAAUUUUUAAUUAAUUAUUAAGUUAUUCUUUUUACUAUUAUUUCUAGAUAAGAUAUUUUUCAGGAUAUCAAAUUUCAAAAUUCAGUUUCUCUCAUACUACUCUGAUACCUAAGAUGGCGGCAAGAGCAGACGUGUUUCGUGUUUCUCGUAUACUGUUAGCUAUAAUUAUUUGUUUUAUGGUAAAAAGAAAAUCUUUUUUUAAUACAGACAUUAUUGGUUUAUUUUGUGGAGAGAAGCACCUGAUGCCAGGGGCAGAAACAUAUAUUUCAGUAAGUUUAUGAAAUAAUAAAGUUAAUAAUAAAGGUAAAAUAUCAAUGCUGGGAUCACCACGUAAACAUUCAUGUCUUAUUUUACUACUCGCUGGUGACUUUGAGACUCAGCCUGGACCUGAAUAUAUGAAAGAACUGUAUUAUUUAUUAUCAAAAAGAGGUAUGAAAAUAUUUCAUCAGAAUGUACGAGGACUGUUGGCAAAUAUAGACCAUGUUAAAGUUUUGUUAAACGAACACAAAACCAUUGACAUAUUAACUUUAUCCGAGACACAUAUAAACACGAAAGCGUACACAGAGAAUCCUGACCUUUAUCGCAUUCCGGGGUAUACUUUUAUCUUCCGGAACAAGAAAACGGGACUUUGCGGAGGAGUAGGCAUGUAUAUUUUCAGUUGUAUCAAAUUGAAACGUAGAUUUGACUUAGAACAUCGUGACUUGGAGUGUAUUUGGAUUGAAAUCUUUUAAAAAAACUCAGUCACAAGAAGUGAAUCUUUUGGGAGACAUUAACGUUGAUUUUUUUGAAAGCAAACGAUAAUAAAGAUAUUAAGGAAGUAUUCAAUUUAUAUGGACUAAAACAAAUUAUUACUAAAGCGACAAGAGUAACCGAAACAUCAAAAACUUUAAUUGACUGUAUUUUGACAUCUUUCACGCACGGAUAAUACUUAUGUCAAUGACGUAAUACCAACUUCUAUUAGUGACCACGACAUGGUUGGCUUUGUGCGUGAAAUCAAAAGAGAUAAUUACCGCCGAAAAAUGUAAAAAGUAGGAACUACGCAAAGUCCAACAGCGACAACAUGAACGAGGAGCUUAGACAUCACGACUGAAGUCCAAUGUACGAAAUGAAAAAUGUUAACGAAGCAUGGCUUUAUCUGAUGAAUACACCUCUUAAUGCAUUUAAAAACACGCGCCGACAAUCGAGAAAAAGGUCAAGGGUCGAUUUUGCCCUUGGAUUGAAAACAAAAUCAGAUACUCAUGAUCGAGAGAGAUAAAGCCCUUAGAAAAGCUCGUAAGACAAACACAGCAGCAGAUUGGAAAGCAUAUAGAAAAAUUCGUAACAAAUGCCCCACUGACUUACGAACAGCUAAAGGUAACUACAGUAGGCCUCUGUUAAAUCGAAACUCAAGAAAUCCAAAAAAGUUUUGGGACACUAUAAAAACCAUAAUGCCCACCAAGACGAGGAAAGUUACUAAUGAUGCAACUACAACUACCAAUAAAUUCGAAAAACUAAAAGAUUUUAUCUGGAACAAACCAAAACAUUCACUUUUAAGAACAAAUAUGAAAUUUGAAUUUAACUAUAUAUCACGCGUAUUUGUUGAGAAAGAACUAAAAAAGCUUAAGCGUCAAAAGUCAACUGGUUCGGAUAAUCUUCCGGCAGCUUUAUUGAAGGACUGUGCAUCUGCGAUUGCUGAACCACUGUGUUAUUUAAUCAACUUAUCAUUAGACAACUCAGAAGUACCAUCAGAUCGGAAAAACGCACAUAACACUCCCAUCCUUAAAUCAGGAUCACCAUCUGAACCAAAUAACUACUGACCAAUAUCUAUAUUGUCAAGCCUAUCAAAAAUACUUGAGAAAGCAGUUCAUAGCCAACUUAUCUGCUAUCUAGAAGACAAUAAUUUAUUAUAUCGUUAUCAAUUUGGUUACCGCAGACAUAGCUCCACGGACAUAGCUGCAACAUUAUUUACUGAUAGCAUCAGAAAAGAGCUUGAUAAAGGAAAUUUAGUUGGUGCAAUCUUCAUUGGUUUGUCGAACGCUUUUGACACUGUUUCACAUAGCAUCUUGCUUGAAAAGCUUUGGGCGUAUGGUAUUUGUGGCAAAGAGUUAAAAUGGUUUACCCGCUACCUAUUCAACCGUACACAACAAGUGGUUAUUGAUAACGUCAGAUCUAAAACUGAGAAUGUCAAAUGCGGAGUCCCUAGGACCGCUUUUAUUUUUAAUUUUCUCCAAUGAUUUUGAGACCUCGCUUAUUAGAGCACGUACUAUCCAAUUCGCUGACAACACAGUGGUUUGUAUUGCUGAAAGCAAAGUGAAUUAUAUCGAAAAUAUUUUGAACUCAGAAUUAAAAAAUAUUGAACAGUACCUAAUCGAUAGAGAUCUUGUAGUUAACUUAAAAAGAGAAAAAACGGAAGCAAUUUUAUUCGGAACAGGAAAAAAAUUGAAUUCAGUAUCCCACAAGCUCAAGCUAUCUAACAAUUUUGUGGAAGUCAACACGACUAGCUAGUUUAAAUAUUUGGGUUCGACUCUGGAUUCAAAACUAUCUAUGCAGGUACAUUUUGACGCAGUCUACAGGAAAGCUUCAACAAGGCUUCGUCUCCUAUCAGCAUUGAGAUCGCAAAUUGAUGACAACACUGCUACUAUCAUUUACGACAUGAUACUACCUCUUAUCACGUUUAACAGUGUCAUCCACCUUAAAUUUACAAAUACACAACAGAACGAGAAAUGGCACGAACAAUGCAAACGUUACAUCAAUCAAAAGUAUGAUAAUAAGAAACGUGUGUUGCGUAGUUCGUAAAUGUAUUGACGGAGAGAGUUGUAGCAGCUUCAACAAUUACUUCGAGUUGAUGAAUCACGAAAGGGUUACACGGAAUAAGCAGUUAUCAUUACGCUUGCCAAAAGUUAAAUUAGAAGUUGCGAAAAGUGGUUUUUAUUACAUGAGUGCUGAUACAUACAACCAAUUGACAUUAAAUAUGAGAAAAGAAAAAUGUUGUUUAACAUUUAAAAAGAAAUUGGAGCAAUAUUAUAUUUAGUUGUAUUUUAUGAAAUUUUGUUCCUUUGUUUUCUAGAUGUGUCCCAUUUGAGUAGAACCUUUACUUUAGGUUUGUGUCCACACUCAAUCAUUUUCUCCGCCCUUUGUUUUACAUUUUCUUCUAAUUUUUCCCAUACCGUUUUUAUUUAGAUUUUAAUCAUUUGAUUAACUAAUUUUUAGCUAUUUUUUUAAACAGGACACAUUUGUAAAGCAGAUAUUUUAUCUGAAAUGUUUUAUCCUGUAUAAAUAUUGAUAAAUAAAUAAAUAAAAUAAGUACGGUUUAGACGAAUAAAAUGUGCCAGAGCAAAUGCUGAAUUCAAACCAACCAGUAAGCACAAAGUGGAGUUAAUUAAAUUUAAAUAAUAAUUUAGGGAAUCAUUGUUAGAAAAAACGAUAAAAAAUAUCACUUAUAAACAAAAAAAAAUUAGGGAAACUU